GGUUUUCCCUUUUGCUGUGAAAAGAAGCUAGCAUCAAUUCAUAGACUCAUUCAAAUCAUACACAGAAGAUAGCGGUGAUGCCGAUUCAGUUGCUUCAGCAAAUCUUGAUGGUGAUCACACCUUGAAUACAGAAGAUCUGUCUCAAGGCACUUCAACACUUGUUCCACCAGUGGAUGCAACAGAUCAACCAGUUUUUCAACUUACUGAAUUAGUGCCUUCAUACAUAGACAGCGCUGAGUUUCUUUCUCAUAGAAGAACACGUAAAGUACCUAAGGAACCUAUGUGGAUGAAGGAUUAUUCAAUACCAUGGAAGAGAAAAGUUACCAGAUAUCCUAUUGCAAAUUACUUGUCAUACAAUAAUACCACCCUUAGCUAUCAAUGCUAUGUGAGUAACUUUUCAAACUUGGUAGAGCCACAAUUCUUCUGUCAAGCUGUCAAAGAUGAAAGAUGGAUUCAGGCUAUGAAAUUGGAGAUUUAGGCACUUGUUGGGAGCUAGUUGAUUUGCCUCCGGGUAAGAAUGUCAUUGGCUCAAAGUGGGUGUAAAAGAUCAAGUAUAAAGCAAAUGAAGAGGUUGAGAGGUUCAAACAAGACUGGUAGCUAAAGGUUAUAGUCAACAAGAAGAACUAGACUACCAUGACACAUUCUCACCUGUAGCAAAAAUGGUGACUGUCAGGUGUGUUAUUGCUCUUGUUGUAUCAAAAGGAUGGUGCUUGUAUCAAAUGGAUGACUGCAAUGCUUUUCUAUAGGGAGAUUUGGAUGAAAAAGUGCAAAUGCAAAUGCCUGAAGGCUUUCAACAGUAGGGACACAAUAAAGUCUAUAGGUUGCUUAAGUCAUUAUAUGGACUUAAAGAAGCUUCUAGAUGAUGGAACAUUAAACUUACUUCAGCACUCAUAACUGCAGGGUUCACUCAAGAGUGCCUAUGACUACUCUUUAUUUACAUGGAAGAAGACAAAGGGAAUGGUGAUAGUUUGUCUAUGUGGAUAAUCUACUCAUUACUGAAGAUAAUCAAGGCUAAACAAGUAUUACACAAGCAAUUUAAGCUCAAAAUCUUGGGGAGCUUAAAUAGUUUUUGGGAAUUGAAGUUUUGAGGUCAUGACAAGGAGUUAUUUUGAAUCAAAGGAAAUAUCUUCUGGAGUUAAUUUCAAAAACUGGUCUAGCUGGUGCAAAGACAACAUCUACAGCACUAGAAUCCAAUGCUAAGUUGACAUCAGUGGAAUAUGAUGAAGCCACAAGUUGUGCUGGUGAUGCAAUUUUGAAGGAUGCAACUUAUUAUCAAAGGGAAAUGCUGAGAAAUCAAGAAUAAUAAUGGUUGGUGAUACAUUGAAAAAGGCGAGUGAUUCUUCGGGCGGGGGGCUUAUUGAGAUCAAAGACUUCGGCGAUACAGAGAAGAUGAUGAAAGAGAACUCAGGGCCUUGUAGCCUGGUUCUUGAGAGACCAUUUUUCCCAUUUCCUAUCCACCAGCUUUAUCUUAUGAAUGAUAUUGAUAUUCUAUAUAAUAGAGGUCGUGUUCCUGUUGCUACAUGGAACAAAAAUUUACUUGCCUCCAACUUGCAAACGUCUUGUGAGGGCAGUGGGAACUCCGGAUUUAUAGUAUUUUCCCCCAAGUUACUAACUUUAAAUGGAUGGAAUGUUCUGAAUGAUGGAGAUCAAAUCAGCCAACAAAGAAAGCUUAACGGUACCCCCUCUUUACCAUUUAGCCCAAUCAUCAACAUAUUCUCUGAAAAAGACAUAGGAGAUUCUGAAUGGGCGCAUGGGAAUUUCCCACUUGAAGAAUACGUAAAGGCGUUGGACCGUUCAAAGGGAGAACUGUAUUACAAUCAUGAUCUUGGUAUGCGCUACAGCAAGAUUACAGAGCAAAUAUAUGUGGGAUCGUGCAUACAAAAGGAAGCUGAUGUGGAAAUGCUAUCAGAUGUGGGGAUCACUGCUGUGCUGAAUUUUCAGAGUGGGAUCGAGGCUGAAAAUUGGGGAAUUAGUUCCAACAUAAUCAAUGAAUCAUGCCAAAGGUUUAAUAUCCUUAUGAUCAACUAUCCCAUAAGGGAAGGAGAUUCAUUUGACAUGAGAAAGAAACUUCCUUUCUGUGUUGGUCUUCUUCUACGGCUAUUAAAGAAAAACCACAGAGUCUAUGUCACUUGUACAACUGGUUUUGAUAGAUCCCCUGCUUGUGUAAUAGCUUACCUUCAUUGGAUGACAGAUACUUCCCUUCAUGCAGCCUAUAAUUUUGUCACUGGGUUGCAUUCAUGCAAGCCUGACAGACCAGCCAUUGCCUGGGCAACAUGGGAUCUCAUAGCUAUGGUGGAAACUGGUGCACAUGAUGGGCCUGCAACACAUGCUGUAACAUUUGUUUGGAAUGGGCACGAGGGAGAGGAUGUGUACUUGAUUGGAGAUUUUACAGGUAACUGGAAAGAACCAAUUAAGGCAGUCCACAAAGGUGGUCCAAGAUUUGAGGCUGAAGUUAGACUUUCACGGGGAAAGUACCUUUAUAAGUACAUAAUUAGUGGAAACUGGAGGCACUCAACCACUUCACCAACUGAAAGAGAUGAAAGGGGAAAUCUCAAUAAUGUAAUUCUUGUUGGUGAUGUUGCUGGUGUCAGGCCUUCCAUUCAACAACAAAAGAAGGAUGCAAAUAUUAUGAAGGUCAUUGAAAGGCCAUUGACAGAAAAUGAGCGGUUCAUGCUGGCAAAAGCUGCUCGAUGUGUUGCAUUCUCAAUAUGCCCAAUAAAACUAGCUCCUAAAUAGAUGGACAUACUACAUUUUCAGUUAUCAUAGCUGCAUAUACGAUUAUGUCGUUGUAACAACCUGCACUUUGAUAAAAUAUGUGAAAUAUGUGUUUUUGUGUGA